AUGGAUGUACCAACAAAUAACGAACCCCAAAAGCAAUCAUGUGAAGUCCUUAAUUUGGAAAGGCCUGAGACAUACACAAUAGUCUUUGGUACUCAAAGAAUGACAGAAAUUGUACGGGAUAAUCUGGGUUUCCUUUAUUAUAAAAAUAAAAGAACUGAGAACAAAAUAUAUUUGGUAUGUCUUGAAAAAAAAUCGCAGAAUCCGUGUCGAGCAACUGCUCAUAUAUCCCCUGACCAAAAUAAUGAUAAAUUAAUUUUGUGUAAACAACACAAUCAUCAAGUAAGGCCAUUCAACGAGGAGGUACCAAUUUUCAGGCAAACGUUGACAAAUAAGGCAUUAAAAAAAUCUGUAUGUUCGUAUUCUUCGAGAGGAAUAUACAUGGAAGAGAUUGUUAAUUUUCCAAAUGCUGCACAAGAUUAUACCUUUCUCCAAUGCUCUGAACGGAUGCGUCGUCUGAGGCAAAAGUCAUUUCCUGCAACACCUGACAAUAUUGAAGACCUUCACAUAUUACUAAUGGCAAAUAGCCAAUAUACAUUAACACUGCAAAAUCCAUCAAAUAAGUUUUAUCAAGGUCCUUUGUUAAUAAACCAACAAAUCAAAGGUUUAAUUUUUUGCAACACAACUAAUAUUCAACAACUAGGACCAGAAUUAAGAAAUGUUCAGGUAGCAGGAUGUGAUGGGACAUUCAAAACAGUGCCAAAAUUUAAAAAAAAAGAUGCAUACCAAAUAUUUACUUUCCAAAUAAUUUAUAAAAAUGUGAGUUUUCCAUUGGUGAACGCAAUAUUGUCAGGAAAGACCGAAGAAAUAUAUGUUGAGUUGCUGUCAUAUAUUAGAAAUGUGUUACCAUUAACAUAUAGCCAACUCACAAUUAUAACGGAUUAUGAAUAUGGAUUGAUGAAUGCGGUAAAAACAGUAUUCCCUGAAAGCGAUCAUCAAGGAUGUUAUUUUCAUUUCUGCCAGGCAAUAAUACGUUUUGUUAGAAAUAAAAAAACUAGCAUAUACCACUUAAUUACAAAAAAUCCAAUAGCUGCCAGAGUGUUAAGAAUGGUUUUAGCUUUACCAUAUUUGCCUGCUGUAAAAACUAACGAUAUCCCAUCAAUGGAGGAUGGAUUUCAAACAAUUGUUGAUUACGUUAAUCAAUUUCCCAAUUUAAUGAUGUGUCUUGAACAAUUUUUAUAUGAUUAUAUUUGGAGAUAUUAG